UGAGAUUGCAACUUAGCGCUUUACAAAUAAAAUGAAAACAUUUACAGAUAUUUGUAAAACGUGUCUCAGGUGUGGUUUAUGGCUUUCUGUUUGGUUUUCUGUCACAGCAGACAUUACAUUGGCUACAUCGUCCGAUGAUGGAAGUUUCGCCACCGCAAAUCUCCGUAUUGGAGAUACGCCUCUUCUAAAUCGUAAGGUCGUCAACGCCAGCUACGUGUCAGUGCUGGAGCAUCCCUACGUGGUGAGCGUGCGUCGCAACUGCAGCCACUACCUCACGGGCGCCCUGCUGACUACCGGCGUGGUAGUCACCGCGGCACACCCGCUGCAUCACGUGCCGACAUAUGAGCUGGGCGUGGUGGGCGGGGAGUCGUACUGCGACCGCGGAGCCUCCGUCCUGGCGGUGGUGGCGGUGGUGAUACACCCGCUGUUCGACGUCUCCGCCGUCAGACAUGACCUGGCGCUGGUGAGGGUGUAUGAGGAACAGUCGAGCAGGCUAGGUAUGAAACCUGUCCCUCUGAUUGCAGCCAAUGCUUCGAUAGCUGGACUAUCAGCAUUUGUGACUGGGUGGGGGCAGUGCAGUGCCGCUACACGGCAGAUAUGCCUGCCGAGGCAUUCCCGGUAUUACCCGGGCGAGAGUGUGGACCCGACGCUCCGCUCUGUGUUCCUGCAUGUGGACAAGGAGACCUGUGAUGAGUAUACGGAGCUGCUGGGCCUGCCAAUCUCGGCUGGCAUGCUCUGCGUCGGCGAGGCUCGCCGUCUUGCUGCCUCCGCCCCCUGCCUGGGGGUCCCGGGGGCUCCACUGGUCGUCGGGGGACAGCUACUGGGGCUCCUGUCCUGGGGAUACGGCUGUGGAUACACGGGGGACCUGCCGCUAGUCUAUACUGAUGUCAGGAAGUACCAUCGUUGGCUGACAUACAACCUAGAGAUUCUAGAAAGCACUACCCACGUCCAGCUAUCUGAACUGUACCAGGCGACUAGAGCUUAUGUGCUUCGUGAUGCCCUGGUCAGGACACGAAGAAACCCUCCCCCAGCUAACAAUACUCACCAGAGGGCGCUGACUGCUAAAGCGAUAGACAACCAGCUUACCAAGCUGAGCGGACGAGUGUUCGAUGUCAGAGACUUUGUGGAAGACAUGAAGUAUCAUGAGAACAAGAAGAAAAUGUAUCGAGACCGUAGACAGAAGAUGAUAUCUGAUGGUCUACUGUUGGUGAAUGAAGAAGAUUACUUUGAGGAUGAAGACAGCCUGGCUGAAAGUGAAGGUGUAAUGACUGAAGUGGAAAAUGGUAUUGGAUAUGAGUAGUCAGAGGUGACGAUGAUGAUACGAAUGAUGAGGAGGUUGAGAUGAGUACAAAUGGAGGGUCAGAUUAGUAAAAGCCCUUUAGUCCAAUAGGCCGUAAGCCGUCCUAUACAGAGUGUUGCAAAAAGGGUAUACUAAGCCGAAAGGGGGUGAAUCAGAGAGGGGGGUCAUUCGAAACAACUUUUGUUUUACGAGUUUUGAAGAUUCGCUCUUUCGGCUUAGUAACAUACCCUUUUUGCAACACCCUGUAUACGCUUAAAAAUUGUAGUGACACUUAGUAGAUCUUAAAAGUUUAACUACUUGGGUUGAUUUUUGAAAUAAAAGUCGAAUUGCAUAUGU